UCAUCACUCCGCGGCGCACUUUAGCACAACUCUCAAACCGGCCACCUCCUCUCCCAACUUUCCUAACCUACGCCUCUCUUCCGCCUCCUUUAUCAUCCUUACCUUAACCCACCGCUCUUUCUCCUAACCCUAAUUUCUUCUUUCCCGCCGCCAUGUCAACCCCCGAUAACGAAUCUCCCGUCGCCACCGCCACCGAUCCUUCAACCGCCGUGACCGUCGCGACCACCGCGACCAGGAGAGUCCCUCCUCCGUGCUGGACCGACGAGGAGACCGCCGCGCUCGUCGACGCCUACAAAGACAAGUGGUUCGCCCUCUGCCGCGGGAACCUCCGCGCGGCCGACUGGGACGACGUCGCCGCGUCGCUGCCUACACUCGGAGGUCCGGCGAAAACGCCCAUCCAGUGCCGGCACAAGAUCGAGAAGCUCCGGAAACGUUACCGCGGCGAGAAGCAGCGGUGUCUCAACAAACCGCCAGGCAAGUUCUCUUCCUCGUGGGACUUGUUCCCUGUUCUGGACGCUAUGGAGUUCGCGUCGGUGGCUUCCCCCGCCGCCGCCGAACCGUACGAUCACGAUGUGGAUCACGAGGAGGACGAGGGGAACGGUGUGGGUGGAUUUAGGGUUAGAUCGAAGAGAUCCUUGAUGAGUACGCCACGAGAGGGGUUUGGGGUUAGAUCUAGGGUUAAGAGUCAGAUGAAAAUGUACGGUGGUGGUUUUGAUUCAGAUCAUGAUUCAGGAGGUGGUUUUGGAUUGAAAAGGAGAUAUAAUGGACAUCCUAAGGUUAAUGCUGAGUUUGACGCUGAUUCUGAUGAUGAGAUCUUGUUAGCUCCCAAGACUACUAGGCUUAGGGGUUCUCAUCACGGUGGCGCUGGGUUUCCGUUGAAGUCGUAUGGUGAUCGGAGUUUCGCUUCUCAUGGGUUUAAAUCCAAGAACUUCAGUAGCAAUUAUGAUGACGAGUUUGAUGAUGAGAGGGAAGGAUUGAAACCGAGGAUCCACAACUCUAGGAGCUCUUCGCGAGUCAACGGUUAUAGCUAUCCACGUGUCUCCAACGGAUAUGGAUCGUCUUCUAGGUUGAAGCAGGAGCCGAUGAAUGAGCCUGACCCGAUUGAUGAAGUUGUGUCCUCGGUGAAGAUGUUGACGGAGAUGUUUGUGAGGGUGGAGAAGUCGAAGAUGGAGAUGAUGAGGGAGAUGGAGAAGGCGAGGAUGGAGAUGGAGCUGAAGCAUUGCCAGAUGAUGCUCGAGUCGCAGCAGCAGAUAAUAGGUGCGUUUAUGGAAGCAUUGAGUGAGAAAAAGAGCACAAACGCAAGGAGGACGGUGUCGUAGUUAUUAACGGUCAAAUAGCUUUUUGAGUGUAGUAAUCCAAGUGUCCUCUUCGAGAAAGAACAAAAAUGGCAGUAAAAUUUUAUGCCAGUAAUGACACUUGAGGUUUUUAGUUGUUGCAAUAUUUUAUAAUUUGUUAAAAGAUAACAUUUCUGUUU